GCUAGAGUCCAGAACAGUCCAAGUCAAGCCAGUCCAGAAAUCAGAAAAAGAUAAUGUUUUGCACUUUAAAUACACACAAAAUUGAUAUGGACAAGCUGUUAGGAGUGCAGAUUGGUCUUGAAGACUUCAUAUUUGCUCAUAUAAAAGGAAUAAAAAAGGAGGUAGAAGUUUUCAAGUCUGAAGAUUCACUGGGCCUUACAAUUACUGAUAACGGAAAUGGAUAUGCCUUCAUUAAGAGAAUUAAAGAAGGCAGCCUUAUCGACCAAAUAAAAGUGAUAUGUGUUGGUGAUCACGUAGAAUCUAUAAAUGGAAAAAGUGUAGUGGGCUGUCGUCAUUAUGAAGUUGCUAAGCAUUUAAAGGACUUGGAGAAGGGCCAGACAAUUAUGCUAAAAUUGGUAGAGCCAAUGAAAUCAUUUGAAAUGAUUGAACCAAGGUCAAAAGUUGGAAGUCUUACAGAAGAAAGUUUUACGGAAGGAAAAAUUUCCAGAGGGAGAGAGACUCUUCGACUGAGAUCCAAGGGCCCUGCUACUAUAGAGGAAAUGCCUUCAGAUGUUGAAGAAAAAGCUAUUAAAAAAGUGGAUGAUCUUCUUGAAAUGUACAUGGGAAUAAGAGACCUCGAAUUAGCUGCAACCAUGGUAGAAGCCGGAAAAGGCAAGAAUAAUCCUGAUGAGUUUGCAAUUGCCCUCGAUGAAGCUUUAGGAGACUUUGCAUUUCCAGAUGAGUUUGUCUUUGAUGUGUGGGGAGCCAUAGGAGAUGCAAUGCAAGGACGCUUUUAAAGAGAAUGUCAGCUGGAAGUAGAACAUAACAGCUAUCGACAUGGCAUGGGAUUUCAGACUUGUCUACCAAGCAGAAGGUUUUGAAUAUUCAGAAGCUUGGGUAAAUAAUGAUAUUUGUUUGCUGGCAAUGCAAAGACUUUCAAAAUAAAGCUGGCUUCAGGAACAUACUUGUGAAGCUUUCAGGCUCAUGUAGCACUUAAUUGAAAAUAUUCCCUUGAAAUAUUUGUAAAACUGCAUUAUUUAGGUACAUAUCUAGCAUAUUUAACAUGUAGAGGUUAUGUUGACAGCCCCAUGAAAACAUACUGUAUGUCUUCAUCAUGAAGUCAAUACUUUCAGGAGCUGAUAAAGCCGAGAAAAAAAAUCACUGAAAAAUUAUAUUGCUUUUUCAUCCUCUCCUCAGAAUUACUGUGGUGUUUAUGGCAUUCUGUUUUCAGCACUUCCUUCCUUUGAAACAGUACUUUGUGUUUAGGAUUUUGUCAGGAUUAAGAAAGCCAUAGUUAAGAGGUGAGGUCAUAGAUCUUCAGUGGCAGAGACUGAAUAUGCUUUGAAUACAUGCAAGUCUUUGGUUCCGUCAUUCCUUGAUCUUAGGAAAAGGUGGGGGUGUAUAAGAUGCUGUAAUCUGCAGCCAAUCACUUUGCAGAGAUAAAAUAAAUAUUAGCUUAAAUUGGUACGCCUUGGCAACAUCUUAUUUUUAUAUUGGUAUCUUAAUUGUGUAGCACUCAAGAGAAAUUCUGAGUUGUCUUUUAUGGUGAAGUUAUUAUGCCUAAGAGUCCUAGAAUGUUGGCAUUUUUUCCAUGUGUUUCUUAAAUCAGAUUUUGCAUUUCUCAGUUCUACAAAUUAAAUAAAUAUAUAUAUAUGGGGGGGGGGUUAUGAAUACAUCUGCAAUUUUAAACUGACUUUUAAUUUUUGUGUUAAUGCCAUUUCAUGUGACACAUUCCAAGCAAUGGGCUGUUUGUACUGUCAGUAGGAUAUUAAAAUUCUUUUUGGUGGUACUGCAGAGGGCAAGUGGGCUUAGAUGAUCCUGUUUAUACAAAAUGCUCAGGUUUAAAUCCAGCAUUGUACUGGCGUGGUUAUGCCAGUAUGACAGAACAUUGCCACUUCCUUUCCUUUCCCCGUUGCAGCUCUCUGUGUUGCUUGCAAACCAGCUCUCAAGGGCUUCCCAAUCCUUCAAUGCAUGUUUUUGAGAUCUUCCCUCCUAAUGCCAGUAAUAGAAACAGUGUUGUGGGAUGGGCUUCCCUGGACUCUAGCCUCAGUCCACAGAAUCUCUAAAUUUAAUUUAAAGUCAAUCUCUAAAUUUUGCUACUUGUCUAAAUCUCAGAAAAGGCCAAAAUUCUCUUGACAUUUCCCAUGCAUGUAAGUUCAAUUUGUAGAAGUGCCUUUUGUGUGUCCUGGGCUGGCUCUGGUGCGAUUGGUUGCACAACCAGAUGUGUGCUCAAUUGCACAACUGGAGGAAGACCAGCUGUGCAGCAAGCAACUUCAGGACCAGCUAUUGAUGCUUGCAUGAUUGCCCUUGCACGAUCUUCUGGCCUCACACAUUUUUUCAACCUUUUAUAUGAAUUUCUACAAAACUGUGCAGUGAAGAUUAGAAUAGAAAUAUCUGAGUCAGGUGUUGCAUUUGCCACCAGAAACUAUUUCUGUGUUAGCAAGAGUUGAAUGAAAAAGCUUAGUUUUAUGCUACUGCUAUUUUGUGAAUAUUCUAAUAGAGAAGUUCCCAGGAAAUGCGUGGGGGUUUGCUGUAGAUGCUGUGGCUUAGGAGAGUCCCAUCUACUGUGGGAAUAUGUGCAGGGCACUUUAAAGAGGCAGAUGUUAUUUGUAACUAUUUCCUCCUGUGUUGAAGUCACAAAAACACUGUAAAUAUGCCUAGGUUUUUGCAUUUGAUUUUUUAAAAAAAUACCGAUUUUAUAAAUCUUGGAAUACUGAAUCUCAUGUGCCAAUUAUUUAAAAAAAACCAUGGAGAAAUUAGGUUAAUGAAAUAGUUCCCAAUUACAUAACUUUCCCUUUGAGAUUGCAAACGUUUCAACAACAAGCAUUUUUUCAUUUGACAGAAUGGAAAAGGUCACGAUUUACAGUAGGAAAGGCCAAACCCCUGUUUGUUUUUGUUUUUGUUUUGCUCCGUUUGCAUAAGCGAGUCUUCACUAUUCCAUUAUGCAAGGAGAAAUCAAUGUUGCUUUCAACAGAGUGAAUUUCAGCUUAUGCAGUUGCACACUGGGAGAUCAUGCAGAAUGCUUUGCCCACAGAGAGCAAUAUGCUGUGUGAUCUCCAAGAGGUUCUGUCCAUAAAGAGCAAAUAAUUUUGUUCAUAAUGGCUAUAUGUAGUUUCUACAAAGAUGGGUUUUCAAAUAAAAUUGUAAAGCCAGUGUAUCAACUUCUUGCAAUGUUUGUAAAACAUACUGGGAACUGUGAGUCAACUUUUACUACUCAACACUGACAACUAAACUAGAUGAACACCUUGUUUUUAUUUAAAAUAAUAAAGGAAAUCUAGCUAUUCUAGUGUGACUUUGCCUGCCUCCAUGUUUUGCACAUUAACUUGUUUUGUUUUUUGAUUGAUAAUUGAGAGGUAAACAUGUGCUUCAUUUGCAAACCCAAUUGUGUUUUAAAGGAACGGAGUGCCCGAAGGGAAAGUAAUAGCAGUAAAUACACAUGUAAUUUGGCAGAGUGCUUUUUAAGGUUUUCUACCUUUGACACCACAGAAAAGAACAGAACUGCAGUUACUGAACAUGUAAGAUUGGGUGUAUAAUUAGUGCGCAUUAUGCGUGAUAUAUUUGUAUUGUUUUAUUGAUGAGGGAAGGAUGAACAUGUUUAUUGUGGGAAAAGAAAUGGUAUCAUGGGACAUGUUUCUUUGUUAUGUCUUUUUGGCUCACAUUUACAAUGUUUAUGGACCAGUUGCACAUCACCUGAAGUCACAGCAUUUGCCACGUUGUGCUCAGGCUUCAAAGACACGUGUGUGUGUGUGUGUGUGUGUGUGUGUGUGUGUGUGUGUGUGUGUGUGUGUGUGUGUGUGUGUAUUAUGAUUGCUUGAACCUAUUAAAAAGAUAAGGGCUCUAAAAUAUGGGAUACCAGAAUAAUUUGCACAAUGUGCCUUUUAUCAUAAUUGGCCGUGAAGGAUAGGAAAAGACAUCUAUUUAAUCUAAUUUAGACAUUCCAGGGUGUUUGUGUACAAGAAAAUGAACCAUUUGUUUUGGCUCUGUCGCUGUCUUAAUUAGAUGCACACAAUACUAUGGUGGAGAAGGUCAUCUGAAUACAUGUUAAAGACUGGAAAAUGUCAAUGCAAAAUUACAGCUCAGUAGAUCUGACACGAGGUGAAUAUUCAAUUUAAGUCAUUCUGUUUAAAAAUGAUAUGGAGGUAAAGUUCAAAGCACUUAGCUUUUAAAAUAUCUGUUUAAAUGGGUAAGUGCUGCCACAUUUUAUUUCAAUUUUCUCUCAGAUGUGUAUUUAAUUUGCUAAAAAAUUUGCAUUUCACAUUUCUUAAACAAUGUUAAGGAUAGUAUUAAAUUCUGUUGAAUUAUUUUGAAUUUAUUUUGUGUGAUUUGUUCUAUGACUCUGCACUGUUCUUUGCUUAGAGUGGCUGAAAUCCUAUUGUGGAAAGUUACACUGCAUAAGGCUGAUGAUGUCAUUAGCUUUGGCAGUCUUUCAGACAUAAAGAUUUUCUGAUUGCCAUCCUCUAAAUGGUCCAAGACCUUGCAGUUGUUCCUUUUGUCAUGAGGAAGCUGUCAGGUGGCUGUGAGAUGUCUUUAAUUUCCAAAAUGUUUUGCUGCCAAUAAAAUCAUCCUGGUGACAGGAAAUUAAAGACUUUCUCCUGUCCUGUGAUGCUCAAGGGCUUCCUCACAAUGGAUAUGAUGACCAGGGAGCCUCAUAACCUUUGGGAGAUGGGAAUAAGACAUUUUUUAAUUUUUAAAAAAGGUACCUCUGAUGACAGCAUCAGCCUUACAUGGCAAAACUUUCUGUAACGGGAUUUUUGCCAUUGCAUUGGGUUUUAAACAAUACAGAAUCACGACUUGGAGCCCCAUGUAACAAAUGGAGCUUAUUUCACGAACACUGAUUUCUAAGCCAAAUGGGUCACUAGAGAAAAACUUUAGAAUGGUUUAAACUGAUUUGUGCAAAUGCUGUUGUCUUUACAAUGCUCUUUUGUAUGUGGAUGCUAACAAAAAUAAAAGAAAUGCUAUUUUAAAAAUUAUGUUGAAGGCUUGCUUUUCAUCAACUGAAUUUUGUAAGAAUCCUUGGGUACAAACUGGAUUUUGUAAGAAUUCUUGGGUACAAAAAAAAGUGAGUCUAUCCUAGUUACAAACUGGGACUCGUAUGGUCCUGUCCAUGUAGGACAGCAUUUUGAAAUAGCUGUCGUGUCACUGGUCAUAUGUUGUAAACACUGGCCUUGAUCCAAGAAGGGAGAACAUGUCUACAGCAGUAACAAGAGGUUAAGAAUGAUCCCAGUUUUUGUCACUGUAAACUUUGGAUGACUUCCCGUGUUUUAAAAUCUUGUUUCUCCUUCCUCAUUUUGGCCAGGAAUUCUGUUCGUCUGCCACAUUUAUGUUUAAAAUGCUAUAAUGCUGUCACAAAUUCACUUCCCAUUACUGUGUUCUCUCUUCCCACUUCUCCCACAUAAUGUAUCUGCUGUGGCAAUUCUUGAAGAGGUAGCUGUGUUAGUCUGUUUCAGUGAUCAGUUGGUUUCCAGGAGGUGGUGACUGCUGAUGCUUAUGUAAUUAGCACUCUGACUGAUUGUUACUGGUGUUAACAAUGCCAUGGUUAUUUUGGAAGUCCAUUGCAAAUGUAAUUGUCCCCUACUUUCCCCCAUCACAUUUGG